UGUCAAAAAUAGUUCUUCUUCGUUUGCCUUUGGUGAUACAGAAGCCGGUUUUAUUGCGAAAAUUUUGAUUUGCUUACGUGUAGUAGAAACACAGAUAGAAAAGAUGGCACAAAAAAUUAAAGUUGGACCCGUUGUUGACAUACUUGGUGAUGAAAUGACCAGAAUAAUAUGGGAUUCAAUUAAAGAAAAAUUGAUUUUACCGUUCUUGGACAUUGAAUUGCACACUUAUGAUUUGGGAAUAGAAAAUCGUGAUGCUACUGAAGAUCAAGUUACAGUCGACUGUGCUAACGCUAUUAAAAAAUACAAUGUAGGUAUUAAAUGCGCUACAAUAACACCAGACGAAGCACGCGUUGAAGAAUUCAAAUUGAAAAAAAUGUGGAAAUCACCAAACGGAACAAUACGUAAUAUUUUAGGUGGAACGGUUUUCCGUGAGGCUAUAAUUUGCAAAAACAUUCCUAGAUUAGUUUCUUGUUGGCAAAAACCAAUUAUUAUUGGUCGUCAUGCACAUGCCGAUCAAUAUAAGGCAACUGAUUUUGUUGUACCAGGUGCCGGAGCUUUAACGCUUACUUUUACACCAGCGAAUGGUGGAGAAGAAAUAAAACAUGUUGUAAAUGACUUUAAAGGUGCUGGUGUUGCUCUUGGCAUGUUCAACACUGAUAGUUCUAUACGUGAUUUUGCUCACAGUUCAUUUAAAUAUGCCUUAAGCAAAAACUAUCCAUUAUAUUUAAGCACUAAGAAUACUAUACUUAAAAAAUAUGACGGUCGUUUUAAAGAUAUUUUCCAAGAAAUUUAUGAAAAAGAAUACAAAUCACAGUUUGAAGCUCAAAAAAUUUGGUAUGAACACCGUUUAAUCGAUGAUAUGGUUGCCCAAGCAAUGAAAUCAGAUGGUGGUUUUGUUUGGGCUUGUAAAAAUUAUGAUGGUGAUGUUCAAUCAGAUUCUGUAGCUCAAGGAUUCGGUUCAUUAGGUCUGAUGACAUCAGUUUUGAUUUGCCCCGAUGGCAAAACAGUUGAAGCAGAAGCAGCCCACGGUACGGUUACCAGACAUUACAGAAUGUACCAGCAAGGCAAAGAAACCUCAACCAAUCCCAUUGCUUCGAUAUUCGCAUGGACACAAGGCUUAUUACAUCGGGCAAAAUUAGACAACAACGAAGAUUUGAAACACUUUUCAAAUACUUUAGAACGUGUUUGUAUUGAAACUAUUGAGUCUGGUAAAAUGACAAAGGAUUUGGCUAUUUGCAUUAAGGGAAUGAGUAAUGUUCAAAGAAGCGAUUACUUAGAAACAUUUGAAUUCAUGAAUGCAUUAGCAUCUAAUUUAGAAAAAGCAUUGAAAAAAUGACUCACAUGUUCCAGAGUGUCACAUUUAUGAUAUUGCAUCAAUUUCCUCUUGGAAUUUUCAUAUAAUUUUUUUUUUAGAAAUUUCUGGGCGCUUAAUUAUUUAUAAAGGCGGUAAUUGAAUAAGUUAUAAAAACGUAUAUUGUUAACUUUU